GCCGGGCGCGGCGGGAGCAGAUCGCUGACGCGGAGGACCCGAGACAUCGUUUCGCCAAACCCUGGAUUAUUCCUGCUGAGACUUCGCAGUUUUCCCCCCGUCUUUUGUGGGGCAGAUUUCGCUGUCUUCCGAACACUCGGGCUCCGUAGGAAGGUUUUGGGCUCUCCGGCCUCGGAGUUUGCAUUUCCUCCCUCGGGACUGGCGUGGGCUAUUUUUCACUGUGGAUUAUAACUGCAACAUGACUCUGGAAGAGCUGGUGGCGUGCGACAACGCGGCGCAGAAGAUGCAGACGGUGAGCGCCGCGGUGGAGGAGCUGCUGGUCGCCGCGCAGCGCCAGGAUCGCCUUACCGUGGGGGUGUACGAGUCGGCCAAGCUGAUGAAUGUGGACCCUGACUGCGUGGUCCUGUGCCUGUUGGCCAUUGACGAGGAGGAGGAGGAUGACAUUGCGCUGCAGAUCCACUUCACACUCAUUCAGUCCUUCUGCUGUGACAACGACAUCAACAUUGUCCGGGUGUCCGGCAUGCAACGCCUGGCGCAGCUGCUGGGCGAGCCAGCGGAGACCCAGGACACCGCGGAGGCCCGGGACCUGCACUGCCUCCUGGUCACGAACCCUCACACAGAUGCCUGGAAGAGCCACAGCCUGGUGGAGGUAGCCAGUUAUUGCGAAGAGAGCCGGGGGAACAACCAGUGGGUCCCCUACAUUUCCCUCCAGGAGCGCUGAGACUCCGCCCAGCAUCAGAACCUGUCAAGUUGCUGCCAAAAAAACAAAAUAAAUAUUAGACCCCUCCUCCGCCCAGAACAACCCCCCAAAACAAACUAACCUGUGAGACCAUCGGGGGCAGAAUCAUUGGAGACUGGAGACAAGGAGAGGGGCGUGCGCAGCCACCCCCAGGGCCGGGAGCCUGGAACAGCGCCAGUGGCGGCCACUGCAAGCGGAGAAGAGGGGAACUCAGGCCGGCAGGAGAGGGGACGCUGCAGCUCAGGCCUCUGACGGAGCAGAAGCUGCAGCGGGGGAGGACAUGGACUCCACACUGGAGGGUGGGGUGAGACUGAUGGCGCCCCCCGCCCUUCUAGAGGCUGGAGCUGACAUCUGCACACGCAAACGGGCCUUGGUGGACGAGGGUCUGCAGCCCUGGCCAGAACUAAACUCUGGGACUUGGGAACGGGCUGAUGUUGCUCUGUACCCAUGAACUCCCAGUUUGCAAACCGAACAGACAAUCUAUUUUGUUACUUGCACUGUGACUUGAACCACUGAGAGAGACCGGAAGCUUACAGAUACAUACAUCUAUUUUACUUCUAUGAGGAUGGCCUUGUAAUAAAUGUCUAAAGCUUC